AUGGAAUCACAAAACACCCGCUAUUUUGUUCGCCAACGGGGCGCUUCCCUGGUACGGACCGUCAUCAAAAGGCCGGUCGCAAUCGCACCCACGGAAGUUCUGAUCCACAUCAGAGCGGUCGCCAUCAACCCGGCCGACUAUAAAAUGAUUGAUAAGGGACACAGAGUCUCUUCUUGGCCUUUAGUUCCCGGGCUCGAUGGCGCGGGCGUGAUAGAGGAGGUCGGAGCUAACGUGAAAAACGUCGCAUCGGGAGAUCGUGUCCUGGCGCUUUUCACCCCCGGAGAACGUGCUGGCUCAUAUCAAACACUUGCUGUGGUUGAGGAGAGUUCUGUCGCAAAAAUCCCGAGCUCGUGGUCGUUCGAAGACGCAGCAUCCUUGGGUGUCGGCUAUCUCACAGGGAUCAUGGCACUAGGAAUAGGCCUCAAAUCUCCUUUACCCUUCUUGAAGGAUGGACCCGUCUCCGGCCUUAAGCCAUCGAGCGCUCUUAUCUUGGGUGGUAGCUCGGCCGUGGGGGCAGCCACCAUUCAACUGCUCCGUCUCGCCAUUCCCGACUGUACGAUUCUGGCAACAAGUUCACCCAAGCACCAUGCCUAUCUGAUAAAUUAUCUCGGCGCCGAUCAUGUCCUCGAUAGGAGCUCGGCCUCUUUGGUCACGGACGUGAAAGCAGUCACUCCAGACUCCCGGGGAGUGGAUGUAAUCAUUGAUGUUGUGGGUGCCGGAGGUAUGCAACCAGAUGUUUUCAAUGUCCUGUGCAAAGGCGGUCCUCAAAGGUAUGCUCAAGUAUGGACGGGGAAUGAAGAGAUUCAGACCCCGUCGGGGGUGGACUCGGUCAUGUUUCGAGGACGCGACUUGCCACAGUUGCCUGGAAAUGCCAACAUUGUGCAGGCGCUGGGAACAUUGCUCCAGCAGGGAAAAUAUAAAGUACCACUCCCAGUGCUUAUUGUGGGACAGGGUCUCGAGGGACUAGAAAAAGGGUUAGAAAUGAUGCGACAAGGUGUGAGUGGAGAGAAACUAGUAGUUCAUCUUUAA